GAUGGAGAUCGUAGGUCCAAAGACCUUGUAAGCGGAACACGGCCUUCAAAUUUAUAAAUAGGAAUGUUUAAUCCUCCAUUUUGUAUCAAGAAAUAAGAUAUCUCUCAUUUGCAUGCAAAACAAGUUAACCUGUUCGCUGUCAUCUUAGGUCGAUAUUCUAACAUGGUUAACGCUAGAGAAUUUGAAGUUGUUUUUCGCCACCUCGAUGAGAAUGGUGAUGGGAAGGUUUCACCAUCUGAGUUAAGUCUUCGUCUAGGUUUCAUUGCAGGAGAGUUUCUCGUGAAGGAGGCAGAACUUGCUGUAGAGUCGUUGGACUCAGACGGAGAUGGCUUGUUGGGAUUGGAGGAUCUUGUUAGACUAAUGGAAGCUGGAGGUGAAGAAGAGAAGUUGCAUGAUUUGAGAGAGGCUUUUCGCUUGUAUGAUAUAGAUAAUUGCGGGUUUAUCAGAGCCAAGGACUUGAAAACAAUGCUUGGUAGACUUGGAGAGUCAAGAUCAAUUGAUGAAUGCGAAGUGAUGAUAAACAAGUUUGACCUUAACGGGGAUGGUGUUCUUAGCUUUGAAGAAUUUAUGGUUAUGAUGGAAUGAUGUUCUUAUGUAUUGUAUUAUAGCAUAUCAUGUUCCUCACCAGGUGUUUCUUUUAUGGGAUUCUUGGGUUCUUCAUAUCUUGUAAGUUGUAAACAUAAUGAAAGUUUCUUUUAUUGUUUGGAGUUCACA